CGUCAUCAUCCCGUAUGUCAUCUUGAACCAUAUUAUAACCGCGGUACAUAAUACGGAAAUUUUGGUUAUCCGCUUGGAUUUGAUUUUAGAAUUUCAAUUCACCGGUUAUUUUUGCCCAUCCCUAGACGGCGCCGGUCAGUUGUCGGCCAUUUUAUUUGCACUUCUCAGUGUCAGUUGGCCGAUUUGUUUGUGAAAGGCGAGCGGUAUUUGUUAAACAGUACGCUUUUAUUGAGGUGGUGUGCUUGCGUGAGUGAAUUUGUCUUGAACGAUGUCGAUUGAGUACCUCCAAGUGGCCGAGGAUGAGGGCGAGGAGCCGAUAGAGCUGCCCACAGAAGAUGACGGCACCUUGCUGCUCAGCACCUUAUCUGCUCAAUUUCCGGGCGCUUCUGGAUUGAAGUACCGCAACCCUGAGAGCAAAACCUUUAGGGGAGUCAGGCUUAGCGAUGGCAAGUUCCAUCCACCAUCAGACGAUGGCUGGGGCUCACAGAUUUUCUAUUGCGUUUUUCCUAAAGAAAACAAGAGAAAGAGUGAUGACAACCUGGAAAACUCCACAGCAAAAACCAAACGUAUGGAAAUGAAACUUCGUUGUACGGAUCUGAUAGUUCUUGGCCUUCCUUGGAAGACAACAGAGCAGAAUUUAAGGGAGUACUUUGAGACAUUUGGUGAGGUAUUGAUGGCCCAGGUGAAGAAAGACCCCAAGACCAGCCAGUCUAAGGGAUUCGGCUUUAUCAGGUUUGCAUCUUAUGAGUCACAGAUGAGAGUUUUAGCGCAGAGGCAUAUGAUUGAUGGCAGGUGGUGUGAUGUGAAAGUGCCUAAUUCGAAAGAGGGGCUGAUCCAGCAGGUUCCAUGCAAGGUAUUUAUAGGUAGAUGCACCGAAGAUCUCACAGCAGACGAUCUGAGAGAAUAUUUCGGAAAGUUCGGCGAAGUAACGGACGUAUUCAUACCUAAGCCGUUCAGAGCUUUCAGCUUCGUCACUUUCCUGGAUCCAUUGGUAGCUCAGUCAUUAUGCGGAGAAGAUCACAUCAUUAAAGGCGUUUCCGUGCACGUGUCAAUGCAGCCCCCAAAUCAGACUCCCGCGGCGGUGGAGGCGGCGGCGGGUAUGGGGGUAGAGACAACCGAUCAGGUGUUGGGGGCCAUAACCGAGGAGGUGGUGGAGGACCCAAUGGUGGACCUGACGGCAGCGGUUCUGGCAUGUAUUCACAAAGGUAUAAUGGCCCCGGGCCGAAUCAAGGAGGCUGGGGCAACCAGGGAGGUCCGAGGACGAAUAUUGACAUGCCAAACUUGCAGGCGCUAGUUGAACUGCUGAGCCCACGUUCCUUUCUGAAUUCCUAAAGCAGAAACAUACCCAAAAUAUCAGGCAUAACAGGUCAGGGACAGCAAGGCAGCAAUCAGGGUAAUAGCAAUCCAUUGGGCUUAGGAUUCAACUUGGGCGCUUUGCCUAUGAACCCCGCUUUGGUUGCUGCAGCACUCAACCAAGCUGGAUGGGGUUUGAUAGGGAACCUGCAAAACCAACCAGAACCUAACUUCAACCAAGGAUUCAGCAACGGACCCGGACCCAACAACUCGAAUAGGCCAGGGAAUAAUCAAAACGGAAAUCAAGGUGGAAACAAUCCGGGUUUUCUGAACUGGAUGAAUCAAGGCGGACAGAACAGUCAGGAUGGAGGCCAGUGGCCGAGGCCGCCACCUCAGAACCAAGACAAAGGGUUCCUUAAGUACGACUAGAAACGGAGAAGAAGCAAGUAUAAGACAACCUCGACUGGUUUUUAAGGCUUGAUGUAUCAUCAACAUUUUUUAUAGUAUAAGUAUUUGUACUAUAAGGUAGUCAAUAUUUAUAUAUACAUAUAUAUCAAAAUCUGGACAUAAAACUGUAGUCUGAGAUUUUAUCAGUGAUUAAAAUUGGAUUUCAUGUGUGAGAGGUGCAGCAGCACGAAUGUUAUGAAUGUUAGAAAAAUGUUCGUUAAGAAGAAAUGAGUAAUAGAUAAUGUGCGGGAUGGAUUGAUGCAAUUUGUCCAGAUUUCGUUUUGAAGCUAUCGAAGCGAUGUAUAGUUGUUUUUACUCAGAUUGGAAAAUUAGGUUUUUUACUUUAUGUUUAUCAUGUGUACUUUUGUCUAAUAAUAUAACUGCAACAAAGA